CAUGACAGGGUGUCACUUCCGUUGGAAAGAGAAGGGCUGGCAGGGGUAGGAAGCGGAGACAAGAAGCGGGCCCGGCGUAUACUACCAGACCGGCCCGGGACAUCCAGACGCGUCAACAACCACUCGUAGCGUAGCUGGUGAGAAGGGCAUGAGUUCUAAAAGAUGACUUCCAGGAAGAAAGUGCUGCUGAAGGUCAUCAUCCUUGGGGAUUCUGGGGUUGGCAAAACCUCUCUCAUGAACCAGUAUGUGAAUAAGAAGUUCACUAACCAGUACAAAGCCACUAUAGGGGCAGAUUUUCUCACUAAGGAGGUGAUGGUGGAUGACAGAUUGGUCACAAUGCAGAUAUGGGACACAGCUGGGCAGGAGAGGUUCCAAUCGCUUGGGGUCGCUUUCUACAGAGGGGCCGACUGCUGCGUGUUGGUCUACGAUGUCACAGCUCCCAACACUUUCAAGACUCUGGACAGUUGGCGAGAUGAAUUCCUUAUCCAGGCGAGCCCAAGGGACCCUGAGAACUUUCCCUUUGUUGUGUUGGGGAAUAAGGUUGACCUUGAGAACAGACAAGUAACCACAAAGAGAGCCCAUGUGUGGUGCCAUAGCAAAAACAACAUUCCAUAUUUUGAAACCAGUGCAAAGGAAGCUAUAAAUGUGGAACAGGCUUUUCAAACGAUUGCACGGAACGCACUUAAACAGGAGACAGAGGUGGAGCUGUACAAUGAAUUCCCAGAACCCAUCAAAUUGGACAAAAAUGACAGAGCAAAGGCCUCUGCUGAGAGCUGCAGCUGCUGAAAGCGACCGGAGGGCGAAGCCGGAGUCCUUCACUAACCAAUAUCACACUUAGGCCUUCAAACACAAGACCCCUUCCCUCCCUGUCCAGAGUGUAAAGGAUAAAUAUUAAUCAUCUGCACCCUCUCCAGCUCCCACACAUCGAUCCAAAUGAAUACUGACACCUGUAUCAUACGCAGAACACAAUGAUUUUUCUCAUCCGUUACUUUGGGGGGGGACAAUAUGCCAGUGUGUUUUAACCCCUGUGUUACCAAGUGGCCUGCAACUGUGUUUGCAAGCCCCUCUGGGUGCAAAGUGGUUAACAUUAAAAACAUACUGUUUGAACUUUUUUUUUUUUUUUUGUCUUGUGAGGAGACCGGUUUUUUUUUUCUUUUUUUUUUCAUUUGCUUCAUUCUGCAGUCGUUGUGAAUAAUUAAUUACAUGAUCUGAUAAUAAACCAUUUUAAUUGUCCUGUGAAGGCUCUAAGCAGAAAGGCUGCAUAUCCCAUAAUCCUUUGCAAGCUCAGCACCCAGUCUCACCCCAGGGUCUUUGAGUUCUGUAUGUAUCUCAGUUUAACGCUUGUUACUUUUAAUUAAUCAGACCUUCUUUUUACAGACUCCAUUUAUUAUGUAAUGCUUCGUUAGGAAAAUAAUCUUAUAGUACAUGUUAAUAUAUGCAACCAAUUUAAAAAUGUAUAAAUUUAGUGUAAGAAAAAUGUUUGAUUUACUUAAGUAUUGAAGCACAGGUAAUUAGACAGUAGAAUAAGGACACACGUUGCUUUAUUUUUCUUUUUUUCCCCUGCGUGUUUGGCCUGCAAACGCUAACCCACCGGGUAAAGGUUGGGGAGCCCCUGUUAGUUAGUUAAGACUAUAGCCAGAUGCAAUACUAGACUGCAGCUUAUUUGUUUCACUAGAAGAAAUCUCUUUACCUCCUUCAUAAAGUGCAGAUAGACCUGUAACAGUCAUGUGCAUAUUGGACUUGGAUAUGAGGUUAAGUGCAGGUAUUAAAUCAUCUUAUUUUCCUAUUUGUUUUUUUUUUUUUCUCGUAAUUUUUUUAUAUAUAACAUUGUCAAGUCUGCAGGGGAUCUUUGCUAAGCUCUUACAUGGGGAGGGUGGGGUAUAUUUUAAUGGUUUACUGUAGCUUAACGGCUCUUUUCCUCUCUGGGGUGUCGUAUGUUUAUUUCCCCUCUUUCACUGGCAGAUGAUGUAGUCCUAGAGAUCCCUCCUGCCCUCCCCCCUGUGCUGCGGAUCAGAAACGUAUUGGUAUGAAACCCCUGGCAGUUUAGGUUCUUGCAUUCGUAGCUUGCUUCCAUACGGCACGUGUACCUUUUUUUUUUUUUUUCCUCGCAGCCCACGUCCUAUUCCGUAGGCUGGAAUCUUCUGUAAAGAUGAAAAUGAUGCCAAUAAACUUAACAAGAAAAGAAA